ACAGUCACACACCCUUCUGAUUUUUUAUUUAUUUUUUUGUUUUUAGGUAAGAGAAGAUCAAGAAGAAGAAGAAGGUGCAAAAAUGGCGUCGGCGUUGAGAGCAGCAAUCCUAGGGCACCUACGAGUCCCCGUGGUGGCUAACGGAUCCAAGCUUCUCACUCCUCUAUGGACCACAUCCGUUCGUUCAAUGUCAUCUCACGAUGAUCAUCUCGAAAAGACUCAAGUCAUUGAUAGAAUCCUCGAUAUCGUCAAGAGCUUCCCUAAAGUCGAUCCUUCUAAGGUGACUCCUGAUGUUCAUUUCCAGAAGGAUUUGGGGUUGGACAGCUUAGAUAAUGUGGAGAUAAUAAUGGCCAUUGAAGAGGAGUUUAAGUUGGAGAUUCCUGACAAAGAAGCUGAUAAGAUUGACUCGUGUGCCCUUGCAAUUGAGUAUGUAUAUAAUCAUCCAUUGGCUAGCUAAAACCUUAGAAAAGUUUCCAGCAUUGAUCUGUUUUUUGGUUUCAAUUUGUGUUGUGAUGCUUGCUUUUACUGUAUAAGUUGAAGUCAACCUUAAUUUGACCAGGAAAAUAAUUAGAAGCAUUUGUGACUUCAUCAUCAUACUUGCAUGUUUGUUAACUGAAAUUAUAUCAUGGUUUUGGUAAUGCUUUUGCUUUUUGCUUGCA